UGGAGACACUUCGCAGGGUCCGGCGCCGACUGCACAACCCUUCAAAAUGUAUGGCAAAGAAUGGCUGCGUGCACUGUGCUCUGCGGCUCUUUUUGUGUCUGUGAUUACAGUAAAGAAUCCCUGCGGGGAGCUCCCAGACGAACCCACAAUGCUCUCUGUGAUCAAACCUGUUGCCCAUGCGAUCUACAACUGCGUGGAAAACGUAUUCCUUAAAUACCAAAUACGAUCCAAAUUGGCCAUUUUGGCAGUAUCGGGCAUGUGCGAGUUUCAUGACAAAUGCUUCAAGAAUGCACCUGGAAAAGUGACGCAGGAACAACGAAGUGCAAACGUUGAUUGCAUCGUAGAAAGGCUUCUGGAAGUGUUGCCGUACGAUGAGCUGGAGUCCGAGCACGAUCCAAAAAUUGUUGUCACGCACGCAUUGCAUUGCCUGCUGGAUCGUCUUGACAUGCCGAUGGAGAACAAACGCAAGGCGAACGCUGCUUUCCAUUGGAUACUAGCAAUCGUUCGGCUGUAACUCUCAUCUAGCUGCAGGGGGCCGUGCAACAUCUGCUUCGCACAGCGACAUCUCAUAGUGGUGAUAGUAAAGCGAAGUAAU